AUGACUACAGUUGAUGCUAUGGUGAAUAUCUCAUUGACGUAUCGAGUGAAAAAAAAUUGGCAAGGAGAUCCGUGCAAGCCAAUGAAUUCUUCAUGGAAUAAUGUAAAUUGCAGCUACAAUGGUAACAAUUCACCAAAAAUUACGUCAUUGAACCUUUCCUCUAGUGAUUUGACUGGGGAAAUAGCUCCUGCUCUGUUUGGUCUCAAAUCAUUGAAGUAUUUGGAUUUAUCAUACAAGACCUCAAACAAGUCAUUCUUGGAAACAAAUGCUAAUGGGGGCGAUGAGGCCGGAACAGAGGAAGAGCAAGCAGCAUUCAUGAAGGAGCUGGAAACUUUCCACAAAGAGAGGUGCUUGGAAUUCAAACCCCCAAGAUUUUAUGGAGAGCCAUUAAAUUGCCUCAAGUGAGUUAUGAGUGACCCUAAUUGUCAAAUUUGCUUGCUUUAAUUUUUUGGGUGCUUCCUGAUUUGCACUAA